AUGGCCGGCGAGUCCCAGGCAGCCGAGCCCAAGUCUCCACCACGCAUCACCAUCCGCAACCUCACGCUCAGCUUAUCUCCCCCAAAGUCGCGCGGACGGACCAUUGACGAUGAAGCUAUACCGAGCACGCUCAAGUCGCCCACCAAGGCGCUGGCGAUGAGAGAGAGCAGGGGCCUGGCGCAUUCGCGAUCUUCGAGUGACCUCACCUCUCCCGAGGACACGCGGCGCAGCAAUGGCGGCUUGCGCGAACCUGCCCCGAACACGGCGACCAGACCCGGAUAUGGAAGGGGACUGCGACGGCGCUCGACUAUGGAGUGGACCAAUGCGACCCCCCUGUUCCGCCAAAAGAAGCUGGAAGACAUUACCGCAGGGCGCAUGGCGGAUACCUUCUUCAGCCUGCAUGUGGAGGACCAGGACGACCCGGUUUACAUUUCCGAAGUCGCGGAGAAGGCUAUGAAUCCGAAUUUCAAGUUCUUCGAUCUUGGACCCUGUGGUCCUGGUGUCACGCGACUCGACAAGCUUACUGUGAGGGUGUGGGCGAAGAGCGAGACGAUGCAGGAUUGGCAGUUUCUCAUGGACUACACAGUACAGUUCAGGUCACUGCAGUUCAUUGGCAGGACCCUUGGAAGCUUCAGACACCCACUCCCACAGAACUGCAUACUCUUCCACAUGACGGACGGAAUCUACACCAGCUUCACGGAUCUGCCGGUAGAGGAGCGAAUGCGCCCUGAACUUCUCGCACCGCCGAAGAACAACCCAGACGGGAAGGCACUGACUUCUUCGUCAUACGAUGCGCUGAUGCGACUUUCAACUCUAGACGACUGCAUCCAGGAUGCGCUAACUACGCGAGACCGGAUCGCCGACGAGAUUGAGGGCAUACUUGCGGCGAACAAAGAGGAUAUCUGCACGGUCGAGGCAGUCCCCGAGACGGAGGAAAGUCUGCGCACAGUCCAGGCUGCGGUGACUGCUGAGAAGCGGCGAGUGGUGGCGGCGCGAAGGAAACGGGACGAGCUUCAAGCCAACAUCAAAUAUCGACGAGAGAAGAUACAGGCCGGACGAGAAUUGCAAACGCAAGCCGAGUCGGCGCUAACUGGAGAGAGGGCAAAGUGCACUGAGAGUAAGGAACUUAUAGAGAAAGCUGCCGAGGACAUUACCGGCCAACGGCGAAGGGUGUGCGAAGACCUCCUCAGGAUCUUCCCUAUCGAGCCUGUUCAGGGCAAAGCGCUCGCAUUCACGAUACGCGGCCUUCUCUUACCCAACUCCAACUUCGACGAAGUAAAUCCAGACGUUACUUCAGCAGCGUUAGGUUACGUCGCUCAAGUCGUCAAUUUGCUGUCGCCCUAUCUCUCCGUCAUACUACCAUAUCCAAUAUCGCCCCACGGCUCGACAUCGACCAUUGACGACCCACUCGCCGUUACGCAGGCCAACCAGAAUCCCCAGCGCACUUACCCUCUCUACAUGAAGAAUGUUGUCAGGUAUCGCUUCGAGUACGGCGUCUUCCUCCUCAACAAGAACAUCGAAAUACUUUCCAACUCCCUCGGCCUGCGCCCCGUCGACAUCCGCCACACAUUACCAAAUCUGAAGUACCUACUUUACGUUGCCACUGCCGGGAAAGGCGAGCUUCCGGCGCGGAAGGCGGGUGGUAUCAAAGGCUUGUUACGUCAGGAUGGUGUACUCUCCAGAAAAGGAAGCAUGGACAGUACAGUGACAGCGAGCAGCGUCGGUACACCCACAACUGAAUUGAAGAAGAAUCUUGAGAUUGCGGGGAAGAGAUUGGAGAUAAAAGCAAAUGCAACGCACGGCGCAGCCAGGCGGAGAAGAAAGUCUAGUGCGCUGGGUUCCGAUGUACCUGGCGAUGUCGACGUCCCAGCGUUGGCUACACACCGCACGAGCACCCCGCCGCUGAACAGCCCGACGAGCAUGGACUCGAAACCAGAGAAGUCCGCCCGCCGCUCCAAACGACGAACAACACGCCGCUACCUCUCCAAAUUCAAGCGCCAAUGCAUCCGCCAUACCUGGCUGCUGCCGCUCAUCCUCGGCCUCACAAUCGUUGCCCUCUACCUCGUCUACCCCUACGAAUCAAACCCGCUGUCCGCCUGCCUCUUCCUGUCCUACCCGCUCGCACGCGACGACCCGCUCAUCCCCGCCCACGUCCGCGCGGAUCCCAAUGGCCCAGUUCACUACGGCAAGGGCGGGCGCGACUUUGCUUUCGUCGGCUUCUACAUCAUCGUGCUGAGCUUUACCCGCGAGUUCUGCAUGCAGCGACUCAUUCGCCCGAUUGCGGUAAAGCUUGGGAUCAAGAACAGGGAUAAACAGAGCAGGUUCAUGGAGCAGGCGUACACGGCGCUGUACUUUGCGCUGUACGGACCGUUUGGCAUCUGGAUCAUGAGUCGCACGCCGGUGUGGUACUUCAAUCCUAUUGGGAUGUAUGAGGGUUUCCCGCAUCGCACGCACGAGGCCGUUGUCAAGGCGUACUAUCUCCUUCAAGCGAGUUACUGGGCGCAGCAGGCGAUUGUGCUGUUGCUCAUGCUGGAGAAGCCGCGGAAGGACUUUAAGGAGCUGGUUGCGCAUCAUGUUAUUACUGUCAGCUUGAUCUGGUUGAGCUACCGGUUUCAUUUUACGUACAUGGGGAUUGCGGUGUACAUCACGCAUGAUGUGUCGGAUUUCUUCUUGGCUACGUCCAAAUGCCUAAACUACAUCGACUCCCCCAUCGUCGGCCCCUACUUCUUCGUCUUCAUGGUCAUCUGGGGCUACACGCGCCACUACAUCAACCUCAAGAUCAUCUACUCCAUCCUCACCACGUUCAAAACCGUCGGUCCGUUUGAGCUGAACUGGGAAACGCAACAAUACAAGUGCUGGAUCUCGCAAUACAUCACCUUCGCCCUCCUCGCGUCGCUGCAGGCCGUCAACCUCUUCUGGUGGUUCUUCAUCUGCAGGAUCGCAUACCGAUUUGUCGUGUACAAGGACGCGGAUGAUGACCGUAGCGAGUAUGCGCCGACGGAUGAGGAGACGGAGGAGAAGGAGAAGUUGAUCAAGGAGGAUGUGGAGGUUGAGAAGGAUCUGGACAGGAUCGAGGAGGCGCCGAGUACGCCGGCAAGUGGUGUGGGAUUGCAAGCGAGUGGAAGUGACAGUAUUGGGUCGAGGGUUAAGCAACGGAAGGGCGGGAAGUCAUGA